AGAGAGCCCACGCCUCGAAAAGCGGCUUGUUCCGGCUUUGCCACUUUACAUCUUUUUAUCCUUGCUCACUAGAUUAAAAUAGUGCCCCACGCCGCAUCUCCGACAAUUAUGCACAAGCAUUUUUGUUGAACGGUCCGAGGCUGAACAAAACCGCGUCUCGGGCAGAGUAUGCGUGAUGCGUACAGCGGUGCAGCAGCUCUUCGCCUGUGCAGCCCGGUGAGUCUGAGACGCAGUUCAGCCACCAUCACCGGCGGAGCGAUACCACCAUCUCCUCUCAGCCCCGGUUUGUUAAACUGAAAGUGUGUGGCUCACUGUACCUGAGCGAAUGUGUCCGUCAUGUACAAUCGAAAAGGGGGGCAGAGGAUCACAACUAGACCAAGGGACCUGUCUCUAAUGCUCUGAAAUGCAAAGCCAUAUCGCCCCCGCAUCAAGAAUUAUCUCCCUGGGCCGGCUGCUGCGGUUGUAUUGCAACUGAUGAAGAUUUUCAUUUUUAUUUUGAUGCGCUUCCGUGGAUGUCUUUGAAUAUGUUUAUUCUGGUCCUCUGGUGUAGUGCGUGAGUCAUCGUCGGCACUGGUGAGCAGGAGCUGUUGUCGGGGCUCGUUGACAUGCACUCCCCCUGAGCUCAGCGACGCCUCCCUCGGUGGUGUGGUGUCAGGAUGCCAGUGCAGGCGGCCCAGUGGACAGAGUUCCUGUCCUGUCCCAUCUGCUACAAUGAGUUUGACAGCAGCGACCACCAGCCCAUCAGCCUGGGCUGCUCCCACACGGUGUGUAAGACCUGCCUACACAAACUGCACCGCAAGGCCUGCCCCUUCGAUCAGACGCCAAUCAGCACCGAUAUCGACCUGCUGCCAGUCAACUGUGCCCUGCUGCAGCUGGUUGGUGCUCAAGUCCCAGAUGUGCAGCCGGUGAGCCUGAGCAGUGCAGCAGAAGUUGAGAACUACGAGGUGUGCAAGGUGUGCGUGGAAGAGCUGGCUCUCUACUUAAAACCUAUCAGCGGAGCAAAAGGUGUGGCGAAUCUGAGUCAGAGCGUGCUCAGCCGGCCAAUGCAGAGGAAGCUGGUGACCUUGGUGAACUGCCAGCUGGUGGAGGAGGAGGGCCGUGUGCGGGCAGUGCGGGCAGGCCGGUCGCUGGGGGAACGAACCGUAACCGAGCUCAUCCUGCAACACCAGAACCCCCAGCAGCUCUCUGCCAACCUCUGGGCAGCAGUGAGGGCGCGGGGCUGCCAGUUCCUGGGACCUGCUAUGCAAGAAGAUGCUCUGAAGCUAGUUUUACUGGCUCUGGAGGAUGGCUCAGCUUUGUCCAGGAAGGUGUUGGUAUUGUUUGUAGUCCAAAAACUCGAGGCUCGGUUCCCCCAGGCCUCCAAAACCAGCAUAGGGCACGUGGUGCAGCUUCUCUACAGGGCUUCCUGCUUUAAGGUGACUAAGCGUGAUGAAGACUCCUCACUGAUGCAGCUGAAAGAAGAGUUUCGAACGUACGAGGCUCUCCGGAGAGAACAUGACACUCAGAUCGUCCACAUCGCCAUGGAGGCAGGCCUACGAAUUUCACCUGAGCAGUGGUCUUCUCUGCUGUAUGGAGACCUGGUCCACAAGUCACAUAUGCAGUCCAUUAUUGACAAGUUGCAGUCUCCAGAGUCGUUUGCAAAGAGCGUUCAGGAGCUGACGAUCGUUUUGCAGAGGACGGGAGACCCAGCCAACCUCACCAGCCUUAGACCACACCUAGAGCUACUAGCCAAUAUAGACCACAACCCAGAUGCCCCGGCACCAUCAUGGGAGGAGCUGGAAAGUGUGAUGCUGGCUGUAAAGUUGGUGGUUCAUGGACUAGUGGAAUUCAUACAGAACUUCAGCAAGAAGAGCCAUGAUGCUCCCCAGCCUCAGGCCAACAGCAAGUACAAGACCAGCAUGUGCCGAGACCUUCGUCAGCAGGGAGGCUGUCCCAGAGGAACCAACUGUACAUUUGCACACACACAGGAUGAGCUGGAGAAAUUUAGACUGAGAAACAAGAAGAGCAGCAGCGUAGGCCGCGUAUUCCCAUUAGCACCUGGGGUUAUGGGUAAAACCUUCACCAUGGAGGGCAGCAUCCACUCAGAUGUGUCUGCAGGCAUGGGGCAGGGGCUCAAAGGCACAGGGGAGAACACAGACUCCCUGACAGAGGGAAUGCCCGGCCUGACUCACGCCCAACUGAUCUCCAGAGGGGCUGACAUGAUGGAGGAAAUGAACAGAGCGGUGCCAAAUGGAUCCAAUGAUGCUAAAGGGUGCAACGGGCUAACUACCAGAAACUCAUCAGGGUCCACUGAACAGAAGCCCAUUUCACCUCCCAGGACUCCAGUCAGCCACUCCUCAGCAUCGUCUCCUUUGACAACAGUUGGGCGGGGUGAUGGUGGCACUCUUAUGCCCAAACAUGGUCAGUUCGUGCUGCGUGCACCACAUCCUUCUCAGGCGUCAGAGCUGUACUAUCAGGAGCCCCACGCAUACGAGUCACCCCAUUAUCAACCAACCUCAGGUUCCUACUACCAAUCUACUAUUCAUCCUCCUCAUAAACCCUGCAUGGCUCGCUUUCUUCGAUCCACCAACGUCCCAGAAUCCUCUCUGCCGCCCUCGAUUGGCCCUCCAUCAUCUUCCUACCCCAGUGACCCUCAAGCGCCACACCCACCUUCCUCCUCUUCUUCAGGGUACCCGCCACACCCGCCUAGAGAUCGGAUGGGACCUACUGCCUUCCAUCACCACCCGGGGCAGCCUCAGUAUGGGCCUCUGGCUCCUGCUCAUGGUGUUUAUGCUCCCCUCUAUGACAGCAGGAGAGUAUGGAGGCCUCAGCUGUACCACAGAGAGGAUGCCAGGAGUAACUCACUGCCUCCAGAGGUGCUGCAUUCCUCUGUCUACCAGCCUCCACUCAGGGAGAGAUUCAACUCUCUAGACAGCAACUACUGCUCCGGAGCUGAACACCGCGCAGGGCUACACAGGGAUUAUGGCCGUGUUCCUCUCGGCUACGAGGAUCUGUUCAGAAGGAAGCAGGAACAGUGGGCUCAUCAUCACCAUCAUCACAAUGCCAAUAGGCCCUCCCAGUCCUCCCCCAUCUUCACCAUCGAUUUUGGAACUGAGCGUGUGGAGAGCAGUGGAGGCCAGUGUGUGGGGUGCAGGUUCAGAGGCGAAGAAAGUUUAGCGCACUACUCUCCGUGGUCCUGUGGUACCAUCGGCCCCUGCCUCGGCUCCUUUGAGCCGGAAACGCUCGCGCACACCUCGGCUCACUCCUGCUCAGAGCACUCGGAGUCGGACAGUAAUGAAGCUGGUGGUGGCGGAGGCGGUGGCAGUAGUAGUGGUGUCGGGAAGCGAUGGCUGCAAUCCUUGGAUCACUACCGGCGCUUGAAAGACGAGGAUCCGAUCAUUCCCUUUAGUGAGGGGCCCAUUAUCUCCAAGUGGGGUGCCAUAUCCAGGGCAUCUCGCACGGGCUACCACACCACCGAACCUAUCCAAGCCACGGCCUGCCAGGGCAGCGCCAACACCACACCCAUCAACUUCAAAGAUUACAACCACCACUUAGAUCACAGUGACUACAGGUGGAGCUCCAGAGGAUCAGACUCUUCCAGCCACUCCAGUUUCCUAGAGAGUGAGCAGCUUUGUGCAUCAGAACAUCACUGCUGUCGAACCUCAAUAAGCAGUGGAGAGAAAAUCGUGUCUGAUCUGCAAGUUUGUCAGACCGCCUACAGCCGGGAUCGGGGCCAGGCCGAGAGCGAACCGGACCCAGAUCGAGAUAUUGAGCUCGAACUGUGCGCUCUUGACUUGGAGGAUUCAGACCCCCAGGACAUCAAGUCUCCGGAGUCUUUAGACCUGGCCACCCCACAGUCUCAGGAUGCUUCCCAUCUCCGCCCACCACCCUGCUCCUCUCCCCUCCUCUCUUCUCCUGUGGAGGAGCAGUCCCAAACGGAGUGUUCUUCGACAGAAAAGAUGGAUGCUCACCUGCUUAAAAAGAUGGCCUUCAGGAAGUCUCUGUCUCCUGGAGGGUUAGUUUCAGGAGGUCUGGGUGUCGGCAAGCUUGUGCUGCGGACUGGACCUCCUCGACUGGGGGACACUUCCACCCGGGCUUGUCCUAAAAUGCCCGGGACAGAGAUGCUACUCAAUGGAAGCUAAAGGGACACAAAGUCAAACAAUGACCUGUGGCAAGCUAGAGCUGAGCCUACAACCAGAUCCUGGUUAAAGGGAAUACCAUUUCAUUUUAGCCUUUAUAUAUGUCAAUCAGCUGCCUAAAUAAAACUUGACAGAUAUGGGUCAACAGUCUGUGCUGCGCCACGUUGUAAGGGGCAAGGAAAAACACAUUGUCCUGCCUCCUGAGUGGAGAUUUUGUGUGUGUGUAGCUCCACAGAGAAUUUAGUUUACCGUUUAUGCCCAGUAAGGCACAUGUCCAGUUUGCCCUUCUAGUAGAUGCUGGACUUGCGUCCAUGUUAGCAGUUUCAAUCCCGGGUCACAUUUAGAAGAAAGGUUGGAGAUCUUACACCAUCUACACCACAUGAUUGCUCAUUUUACAUGACAUUACACUGCUGAUGUUUACAUCAUCUAGUUAGCAUUCAACAUGACAGAGACACACUUAUGUUCGAUAGGUCUUUUUUCACAUCAUUUCACAUGGUCCAUCACACAGCAAAAGCCUAUACAGUAGGUGCCACUUUUCUAUGUUAAAAUUUUCCUUUAUUUAUUCUUCAUGUUUUAUAUGUAGUGUGAAUUGACAGCAGGGACUGAGAUUCCAACAUUUCCUACCAAAUUCUGCCUUGCUCCCAGGACUGAGGUUUGGUAUCUGUGAUAGUAAAUAUUACAACAUCAAGUAAUUUGCUUUAUUAUUUUAAUAAAUAUAAUUUACUGUAUGUAAUUGCUCUCUUGCUUUUGUCUGUUUCCUCCAAGACAGGCACUGGUUUAGAGACACUUAGCUAUCAAAAGGUACAUUAAACAAAACCUCAUGAAUAUCUGACAAUUAUUUUUCAAGUUGUGCAAUCUCUUUACAUGUCAAGGCAUUUGUUUCCGUAAGCUCCCAUACAUGGUAAUGCCCUCAUUUAGCUCAGUGCUCCUGAUUUAGUGUAUAGCCUUUGUUGUAUUGCUGCAUAACAUAUUUUUUAUAAGUAUUCCCUGAAAAAUCAAGAGAUAGACGUAAUAAUACUGAGACACAUACAACAACCAGCCGAAAACAGGGGUCUUCAGUAUGCUGAUACUCAAAUAACCUCUAUCUUUUAUGAGUCAUAUGUUGACUGAAUUUCCUCGACUGUCAUGAGAUCACAGAACACAAUGACACAGUCAUAAACUGAAUGUGUUAAUGAUCAUUGAAAUCAGUGCAAGACACAUACUCACUGGAUGUCAGAAGGGAUGACAACAAAACAAAGAUAUGUAUACAUGUUUCAGUCCAUACCAUACUACCUUUAUUAAAGGUGACUUGUACUGCAUAACUAAAGAAUACCAAUUACCAAGUGUGGGACAGAAAUAGUAUUUCGAGCUGCAGAUGGAGCUAAUUUAGUAGAUUUCUAUACGAGCCACAUCUAUCAAUCUUGAAAACUAUUGUUUCAUCUUUGUGUGCCUGUAGCAUUUAUCUCACUGCUCUCUCUCUCUCACACACACACACACACACACGCACACACACACACACGCACGCACACACACACACACAAACAAACAGUACAUGUGUGCUGUCAUUCGUACACAGUCGACACAAACAUUCAAUACAGUGGCCUUUCUCUCCUUGGUGAUAUACAGACCUAAACAUUGGGCUCUACAGUGACUUUUGUCCAUGCCCACUGACAGACUCCUGUCAUGUUUCAGAGGUGUUAUCUUUCAUGUGAUUUUUGUAAGCUAAUGGCAUUUUCUGUGCUUUCCAGUCCGGUCACCUUUAUGUACAAUGUACAGUUAACAAUAUUCAUGCAUGAUGUUUCAAGCUGAAGCCUACAAAAGUGAGGGACACCACUACUUGUGUUUCGUCACGCUGUAUCUUUGUUUAACUUUUUUUUUUUUUUUUUUUUUUUUUUUUUUUUUUAAGUUUUGGUUUCUUUUAUUUGAUGCAUUGCUAACUUCUGUGAAGUUGUUUGUCGGGGUAUUUUGUAUCAGGAUCUUUGUUACUCUUGUUUUGUUUGCUAUAUUAUACAUCACAGUAAAUUGAUCGUCUUGUCUAAUGUUUUUCCCUGUUUUCCGGCCAUCAGAUGUGCUGUCAUCAGUACGCUGUCUAGUUCACUGUAAUUUUGUGCAGUGUUGGCGAUUUCCAUACAGCCCAGCCUUGCCUCACUCCCUUUUAUACAGUAGAUAUGAGGCAUCUUGCCAUGUGUGGCUCUUAAUGACUUUAAUAAAUAACGUGAAAACAUUAACCCAUUAUACAGGAUUUAAAGUCAUGAGUUUGUUUACACCCUAUUCUAAAUCUUAUUAGAUUUGUGUAGAAUGAGAAGAGGAGGGCUGACUAAUAUUUUAUUCUUUCCAGCUUCCUCUUUCAUUUCCUCUCACCUAAAUUACUGUACCUUUUCAAAAAUAUUCCUCUCAGAUUAUAUAUCAAAUCUAAUUUUAGAGGAUGGCAGAAUGGCUGUACGUGUGAGGAUUACUUUAUUAACCCGAAUGAACAAUGAAAUAGUGGACUGGUAACCUUUUUGGGGUUUCUCUCUUAUCUUCCACCCAACAUAUGCUGGGCGAAGCAGGGAGACAAAGUGAAGAAUUGGACUGAACAAUUCAGUGUAAUACUCUUUUGAAAACUGAAUUUCUGAGAUGAAAAGGCAAGAGCUGGCACAGGGAUUUUGCUGCUCCAAGUCAUGAAAUUAGCUCAGCUACCUACUGUCGCUCCACAUCUGUUUACAACUUCACCUUGGAAGUCAUGUAACGUUAAGUGCCAUGUUGUGUACAGUACAGUACAACCAAUUCCUGCAAUUUUCCUACAGCUUUUCAUAUUCUUCAACUGUAAACUAUUUGAGGAGGGAAAGGCUCAGUCGUGUUAAGGAGUGAGAUACUUCUUGUGUAGUUCUGCUUUGUUCCAUUAGAGGAGGCUAGAUCUGUCUGAAUUGCUCAGGGAAGACUUAAGUUGCUCAGCUACUUUGGCUUUUUCUAUAUUCAUCACUUAAAUAUUCUGUGGAAGUAUUUGCCUGGAUUUUACUUGCUGAUAACUGACCCUUUCACCCAAACUAUACAUUUGUCAGAGAUUAUAUUGUUUGCCAGUGUUUACUUUUGCCUCUCAAUAUCAAUAUUGGCUUUGCUAUUCCUGUUCCCAUUGGAAAGGGCUGGGCGCUACUGUAUGUAAAAACAGUAUUGUGAGUAUUGAACUAACGUCAAAGUGAUUCUCCCAUUUUCCUUUAAAGUGUCUAUAGAGCACUUCUGUAGUGGCUAAUUGCACUGCACUAAUUCCCACCCCGUCACUGCCAGCAGGUGCACUCUGCCACCCCACCACCACCCUAUCCUCCCUGCAUCCUGCGUCAUGCAUGCGAUAUAGUCCCUCUUGUGAUGGCGGAGGAGUAUUGAUGAUUCUGUAGUUGUGAUACAACACACCCAGCGCUGUAAGAGUUCUGCACAUGCCCACUGUGUGGCCACUUCAAGUGCUGAAGUUUGCUUGCAGCAUUUUACUUGUUUGCUCAUGAAAAUUAAUUCUGGUUUGAUAGAGAUUAUAUUAUUAUUAUUAUGACUAUUAUUGCUUUUACCACAUUUGGGUUGUUGUGGUAUUUUUCCUUCUUGGUAUAUCUCGGUAAGUCAGCUUCUUUGUUUUGAAUUUGAGAAUUUGCUGACAUUUUUUAUUAGACAAGAAAGUGUCUCGUUAUUCUAUAUUAUAUGGAAAAAAGCCUGUUUGUUGAUUGUGAAACAUAUGAUGAUGAUGAUGUUUUCUGACUAUUCAUGUCUGUAUUAGACAUUUUAUUUGCGAAUCUAUUGUUCGAUUGAAAUGUAAAUGAACUAUUAAGAGAUGGUACACAUCCGUCAUUGUAUACAGGCACCAUCAUUAGAUGGAUUUAUAGUAUAGACGCUCAUUUAUACAACCUGUGAUAAUCAGAUAUAUUUAAAUGUUUAAGUCAUUGGGGCAGCUGUGUAAUGUUUCAGAAUGAGGAAAAUAAACUCCUCAGAGACAGCAUAUUGAAAAUGUCCCCAUAAUGAAUAAUACUGUUACGUAUUCCAUUUAUUUCCAUGGAAAUAUCACAUUGUGAAAGGUUUCCCUUUUACUGAUUGUAUGGUAAUGCAGGACUGGAGUAAGUCAAACCUAAGAUGAUAAUGAUUUAUGUGCUAUUCCUGAUUGAUGAAACGGUUUGAGUAUUGUUAGACUGACUGACUCUUCUGUGCAUUUUCUAGCUAAUUCAUCUGUAUUACACUGACUGACUUACAGACAGCUUGGCUGAGCAGCUUACUGCUUCUGUGUUGCACUGAGAGAUGGAAUUAUGAAAAAGGCACACGAAAUUGCAUGCCACAAUAAACCAACAACAAAUUAUG